UUUGUAUUUUUGUGCACGAGCUGCUUCCCCUGUUGGGUCUAGUAAAGUUAUCAAAGAUGAUGGAUGCACUGUCGGUGGUGAGCCAGCUGCGGGACCUGGCCUCUGAGCCGCAGAAUCGAGCGGUGAUAGUCCAGGAUCAGGGCUGUCUCCCCGGGUUGGUCCUCUUCCUGGACCACCAGAACCCAGAGGUGCUACUUGCGACUCUUCAGACCCUGCGCUACUUGGCUGAGUUGUCCCCCAACAUCCCCACCAUGAAGAAUGAACUGGGUAUGAUGGUCAGCUUGGAGAAUCUAAUUGAGAGGGACGGCUUGUCUGUUGACAUCACAGCUUUGGCCCGGGAGGUGUUUGACAUUCUGAGUGCGCCUGCUAAUCCUGUGCCACGCUCACCUGAGAGGCAGAGGAGGAAGAAAUCCCAGUUCUUUAUCAACUCCUCCAACAAGAAGGCCAAGUCUGUCACUCUGCACAUCCAGGGCCUGGACAGCACUGACCAGCGAGGCCUGUGUGAGGAGGCUCUUCUGAAGGUCAGAGGAGUCAUCAGCUUCACCUUCCAGAUGGCUUCCAAGAGAUGCACCGUCCGCAUCCGUUCAGACCUGUCCACUGAGAGUCUGGCAUCAGCCAUCGCUGCCACUAAGGUGUUGUCAGCCCAGCAGGUGGUGAAGAAUGAGACAGGAGAAGAGGUUUUAAUCCCUCUGAACCCGUCUGGAGUGGAAGUGCAGCAGAACUCUGCUCUACCCGACUACCUCCCAGAGGAAGAGGAGAGCCCAGAGAGGGAGGUCAACCGAGCAAUUUCCCGCACCACAGCUAAGGAGGAUUCCAGCGGGAGCUGGCUCAACGCUGCCGCCGGCUUCCUCACCAAAACCUUCUACUGGUGAAACUGGUUUGAUUCUCUGAGAUCCAGUGACGCAAAGUCAUGCUGAAUGACUUUUCCCUGCUGCUGGGUUUGUUACUGGAGUGGACAUUACUGGAUGUUAGCACACCACAGGCCAAAAUUGUGGCAUCGUGUGCACGGUUUGAACUCACCAUCAAUUCUUGUGAAAUACUACAGAUUGUUAACGUGUAAAAGCACUUCUGAUUUACUGAAGCCCCGUUUCCACCAAACACUUUCGGUAUGGUACCUUUGGACCCUAGCGUUUCCACCACAAACAGGACUCUGAAAUGUGGGCGGGGUUGUUGUCACUCACUGCUCCAUCCAGCUCUCAUGGAUUUAGUUGAACGGAGUCACACACACUUGAAAAAAUUACUAAACAUGUACAUAAACAAAUUUUCUCUCUGGACUUACAUGAUGCUGAUUUCUACCACUAUUCUCAUUAAAUGUAAAUAUUUUCUUUAAUUCUUUUGGUAAAACUGUCCAUUUUCUCUCAAUGUAAAAAGUGUUUGAACAACAUUUUAAUAUACAGUUGGAAUUUUACAUUUUUUUUUGUAUAUUCGGCUGUUUGUUGGUCAUGGUUUUGGUUUAUGCUAAAAUAAACGUAUUACAUUUUU